UCCCCCACUAUCUUUUCACACCGCAAAAGCUCCAUUGAUGAAUAUGUAGAAGCUUUGCCCUUUCUCUCAGCCAUGAGGCAUUUGUAGAAGACAGUGAAUUGUCAAGUGAAUUGCUUUGACUGCACUGAUAAGCUUGCCUUGAUGGAGCCGAGUAGAUCGCCGGGGUCGAGGCAAGAUCCGGAGCACCCAGAGCUGGAUACGGGACCGAAUCGAUCAUAUGAGUGUACCUUUUGCAAGAGGGGCUUCUCGACUGCACAAGCCUUAGGUGGCCAUAUGAACAUACACAGGAAAGACAGGGCCAGGCUUCGACAGCCCCCGGUUCAAGAAGAUGAAUCGAUGGGUUCGUCACGUCAUCCCUCGAUGACGACUGGUGGCACAAUUGGGAGGGGAGAAUCACAGAUGAGUUACUCCCCCAAAUAUUAUCAUGGAGCAGCUUCGGUCAGACCAGCAAUGAUUGAUACAGGGAAACCUCCUCAAUUGCGGUUGUUUUCCGAGAUUCGUGAGGAGGGGUCGAGCGGAGCAAGAGCCAGAAGUAGUGGUGAGCCCGAAGGGACGCAAGAGGGCUCGCGAAAUCCUGCCGCCGAGGAGGAGAAGCUCGAUUUGGAGCUCAGGCUUGGCCCUGAUCCUUGAGCAAUGGCUCUCCACUGUAUAGGAAGCAACACUAGGGACCUACAUGUACUUUGCACCAUAUGACUCACCAGCCACAAGGGUGACCCGAUCCGGCUUUGCUUGAGUGGAUAGUGGGACCCACAUUGGAAUGAACGGUCUAGAUCUGUCAUCGUUUGGAUCGAAGAUGUAAACGUGAGAAGAAACCUUUGCCUAGGA